GUAGGAAGCGGGUGUGUUUAGAAGAGGAAAACGAUGUCGAAUUCAUAGUCAGACUGCAAAACGCGGCAUUGUAAUGUUAUCCUUACUUUCUAUUUAUAAUUCCUUUCUAACCUUCCAAGGUGCACCAAUGCUACCUAACAGAUGGUAGGAUAAUCCCGUGUUUCCUUCUUUUGAGUACGUACGAAUGUUUAUCUCACUUGGCAUAUUCCUUGAAUUGGGUACGAGUCACAGUUGACCAGCAUCAUCAUCAUUCGAGAAGAACCCAACCACAAGAAGAAAGCGCUGGCGGCUACAGUUUGGAACGUUCUGAACAUCUUCUCACAGUGACAUCUCAAGUCUCCCGCAAUACCCAUGCAACUGCUUCGAGCUCUCUGGAGACGAAGUCCCCUGCUGCAAAGCAUCAGGACUCGCCGUCAGCCGACAAGGCGUCUGGAAGACGAGAGCCCACGGGACAAGUACCAUCUGAGCGUCGACGGCACCGACCUUUCGAAGCUUUACAAGCAGGCGCGGCCGACACUUCCGGAUUUCGUGAUUCAAGACGUCAUAGCAUACGUCAACCAAAAGCUGUCCAAGCGUGAGCUGUGCGUUGACGUGGGCUGCGGGCCCGGCCAGAGCACCGAGCUGUUCUGCCCCUACUUCAAGAACGUGGUGGGCGCCGACAUCAGCCAUUCGCAGAUCGAGGAGGCCAACGCCAUGCGGCGGCACGGAAACGUCACCUACAUGGAGGCGCACGCCGAGUGCCUGCCGCUGCGCUCCAACUCGGUCGCGCUGGUGUCGGCGGUGAACGCGGUCCAGUGGUUCGACCAGGACGCCUUCUUCUCCGAAGUGCGCCGCGUCCUGGUGGAGAACGGCGUCCUCUUUGCGGCCAUGCACCACCUGAGAGCGCUGCUGGAACCUGACAUGGACAACUGGCUCUUCCAGCUGAGAAAAGAGAAGUUCUCGGACUACUUGCUGUCCCGCCAUAUGUACUGGGAUGACGGCUAUGGCGGCAUCGAGGUCCCCUUCAAGGGCGUACGACGGUGA